UGGCUCUGGGCGAACAUGGCGGCGGCCACCGGACCCUCGUUCUGGCUGGGGAAUGAGACCCUGAAGGUGCCCCUGGCACUCUUCACCCUGAACAGGCAACGCCUGUGUGAGCGGCUGCGCAAGAACCCGGCCUGCCCGGCCGGCGCUGUUGUGCUGCUGCAGGGUGGGGAGGACGCCCAGCGCUACUGCACUGACACCGGCAUCCUCUUCCGCCAGGAGUCUUUCUUUCACUGGGCAUUCGGUGUCACCGAUCCAGGCUGCUACGGCACGAUCGAUGUCGGCACCGGGAAGUCGACCCUGUUUGUGCCCAGGCUUCCUGCCAGCUAUGCCACCUGGAUGGGAAAGAUCCACUCCAAGGAAUACUUCAAGGAGAAGUAUGCUGUGGAUGACGUCCAGUAUACAGAUGAGAUCGCCAGCGUCCUGACGUCACAGAACCCCUCUGUCCUCCUCACUUUGCGUGGCGUCAACACGGACAGUGGCAGUGUGUGCCGGGAGGCCUCCUUCGAGGGCAUCAGCAAGUUUAACGUCAAUAAUACCAUUCUUCAUCCGGAAAUUGUGGAGUGCCGAGUCUUUAAGACGGACAUGGAGCUGGAGGUUUUGCGUUAUACCAAUAGAAUCUCCAGCGAGGCCCACCGGGAGGUAAUGAAGGCCGUAAAAGUGGGAAUGAAGGAAUAUGAGAUGGAGAGCCUCUUCGAGCACUACUGCUACUCCCGGGGCGGCAUGCGCCACAGCUCCUACACCUGCAUCUGCGGCAGUGGUGAGAAUUCGGCAGUGCUGCACUACGGACACGCCGGGGCCCCCAAUGACCGGACCAUCCAGGAUGGAGACAUGUGCCUGUUCGACAUGGGUGGAGAGUAUUACUGCUUCUCCUCUGACAUCACGUGCUCCUUCCCAGCCAAUGGCAAGUUCACCGCAGACCAGAAGGCCAUCUAUGAGGCAGUGCUGCGGAGCUGCCGAGCCGUCAUGAGCGCCAUGAAGCCAGGGGUCUGGUGGCCCGACAUGCACCGUCUGGCCGACCGCAUCCACCUGGAGGAGCUGGCGCGCAUCGGCCUCCUGAGCGGCAGCAUUGACGCCAUGGUCCAGGCCCACCUGGGAGCCGUGUUCAUGCCUCACGGGCUCGGCCACUUCCUGGGCAUUGAUGUGCACGAUGUGGGAGGCUACCCCGAGGGUGUGGAGCGCAUCGAUGAGCCCGGCCUGCGGAGCCUGCGCACCACACGACACCUGGAGCCCGGCAUGGUGCUCACUGUGGAGCCGGGCAUUUACUUCAUCGACCACCUCCUGGACGAGGCCCUGGCCGACCCGGCCCGCGCCUGCUUCUUCAACCGCGAGGUCCUGCAGCGCUUCCGGGGAUUCGGCGGGGUCCGGAUCGAGGAGGAUGUCGUGGUGACCGCCAGCGGCAUGGAACUGCUGACCUGUGUGCCCCGCACGGUGGAGGAGAUUGAAGCGUGCAUGGCAGGCAGGGACAAGGCCUUCACUCCCUUCUCUGGCCCCAAGUAGAACCAGCUGGGAGUGCCCAGUGGGACCAGGGACCCAGCCUGCCACCUGUCUUCACAACGGGCAGCUUCCUGCCUGGCCCUCGAGCGGCAAGAGAGGGGUGCUCAGAAAUCCCAUGGCUGCAUCCGAGUUUGAGCGUGCUGUUUCCUUGGAGGAAUGGGACUCUUUCUUAACCCUCUGCAAGAUCACACCUGAACCUGCUAUUACUUUGCUUGAAUGACGGUGGCUUAAAGUGCUAAUGGAAAAGAAUUCUGCUCUUUAGCAGCAACUAAGAUGUGUCUUGCUGUCAUUUGUAUUCUUCUGCUCAGGGAAGAUCCAUUUCCAGUGUUUUCUCUCAAAAAUCAAAUGCACAGAGUAGAAUCUGCAAUAAAAACUUUCCAAAAAUG